GAUUUCACAGAAGUUUGAUUUACUUGGAGUUAUAUUGUGUUGUUUAAGUUUUCCCUUUAUUUUUUUGAGCCGUGGUAUAUCCAAAAUAAUAAACAGCUGAACAUUAGAGCAGAUGUGAGCACUGUUACCUUGCAGCAAGAAGGUUUCUAUGUUCUCCCGAUGUAAGUGUGGGCUCUCGCUGGGUACUGAGGCUACCUACCAUGGUCCAAAAACAUUACAAAAUUGCACUUAGUUAUUGGUGCCUGUGUGCACAAUUGUCUGACCUGUACGUCACUGUGUCACCCUGUGAUAGAUUGACAAACUCUCAUUUCAAAUAUAUUAUCCUAUAGUUACUAGUGAUAACUCUCAUUUCAGACAUCCGAAAUAAAAUAAAAAACAGAAUUUCAGAUGUUACUUAUUUACUGUAACUUAGGACAUCGAAUAACUUUCAGAUAUCUGUUUAAUGAGUAGCAACAGUAAUAAUUGGUAUACCUGAAAUGUUGAUUGCUUAUAGGUAGAGUGCUAUUCUAGAUAUCUGAAAUGUAUUUUUUUGUGGCUAUAGGAACACUUUAUUCAUGAAAAUCUUCCAAUAUCUUUGUAAUGUAUCUAUUAAAUGUUAAAAGGGUUUGCCAUGUGUGCGGAACGGCGUUUGAUGCUUCCCUUCCUUAAUAAGGAGCGCGACGUCACAGCAGUGGGGAGGUGUGUGUGUUUGUGUGUUUGUGAGAGGGGGGGGAGCAUGGGAGGAGAUCGGUGUGCACAAUGCGCAUGUGCAGACGGUGAGAUCUGUGCUGCGCUGGAGCAAGGACUGGACACACCGCUAGAGAGAUGGCGCGGCACCCGACCGGAGUGCAAGGACAGCUGGUUGGCGACGGGGGGCUUGAAUUACAAAGAGAAGCAAAUAUACGGUUUUAAAAGCAAAACCAAAAAAAAAAAAAAAAAAAUAUAUAUAUAUAUAUAUAUAUAUAUAUAUAUAUAUAUAUAUAUAUAUAAAGAAGAAAAAAUAACCGAUUUUGAGGAGAAGUUUCAUUCCGGAAAGCGACGGCAAAGAGGUAGGAGAGUAAUCAAAUAUUGUGACACAGAAGAGGUGGUAGAGGCGGCUGCUGCAAGGAGGACACCAAAAGCAACAAAAGAAAAUUUAACUUUACUGGACGUGUGGACUUCUGGACAUCAGCUUAGAGCAGUAGGUCAGAUAGAUGGUUUGUCCACAGAGCUGCGCGGAUCAUGAACGCACAGCUGUCGAUGGAGAACAUAGGCGACCUGCAUGGAGUGAGCCAUGACUCCAUCACUGGUCACGGAGAGCUGCUGAACGGCCACAGUCCGCACUCCCGUCCGAGCCCCCGGGGUCUCAGCCACCGCGCUAUGGGCAUGGCGACCCUGCUGGACAGCGGAGACUAUCACCCCAGCCAUCCCGGGCACUUGCAUCCAGCCAUCAGCAUGUGCGACGCGCCCCCUGGCAUGAGUGCCAGCACCACUUACACCACUCUUACCCCCCUGCAGCCCCUGCCUCCCAUUUCCACCGUGUCCGACAAGUUUUCUCCCCAUCAUCACCACCACCAUCCCCACCAUCCGCACCCCCACCCCCACCAAAGGAUCCCUGGAAACGUCAGCGGCAGCUUCACGUUGAUGCGAGAGGACCGGAGUUUGGCGCCUAUGAACAGUUUGUAUCCCGCGUAUCAUCACAAAGAUCCCUGCAUGGGCCAAAGCCUCUCCCCGCUAUCUGGUUCUGGGCUGGCCAGCAUACACACGUCUCAGGCCGGCAUCCCUCCAUAUGCUCAUCCCGGCGCCGCCAUGCCCGGCGAAAAGAUGCUCACACCCAGCGGGUUCGAGGCUCACCAUCCGGCAAUGCUUAGCAGACACGCUGAGCAGCACAUGAGCUCCUCCGCGGGCAUGGUGCAAAUCAACGGGCUCCACCAUCACCCGCACGCCCACCUCGGCGCACAAGGGCACGGCCAGGGGCUGGGGAACAGCCGGGAGCAGGCUUCCGGGCCUGGGCACCAAGGGGGCGGAGGCGGGGGUGGAGGUGGUGGUGGUAGUGUUUCUGGGGGACAGAUGGAGGAGGUGAAUACCAAAGAGGUGGCGCAGAGAAUCACCACGGAGCUGAAGCGCUACAGCAUCCCUCAGGCCAUCUUUGCCCAGCGGGUCUUGUGCAGGUCCCAGGGGACCCUGUCCGACUUGCUGAGGAACCCCAAGCCCUGGUCAAAGCUCAAGUCCGGCAGAGAGACCUUCCGUCGCAUGUGGAAGUGGCUGCAGGAGCCUGAGUUCCAGCGCAUGAGUGCGCUCAGGCUCGCAGGUGAGCGAAGCCUCGCCUGUAAGCGCAAGGAGCAGGACCACGGCAGAAGUGAGCGAGGGAAUGUGACCAAGAAGCCCCGGCUGGUGUUCACAGACGUACAGCGGCGGACGCUCCACGCCAUCUUCAAGGAGAACAAGCGUCCGUCCAAGGAGCUCCAGCUCACCAUUGCUCAGCAGCUGGGCCUCGAGCUGGCCACGGUCAGCAACUUCUUCAUGAACGCUCGGCGCCGGAGCCUAGACAAGUGGGUGGACGAUGGCUCUGGUCACGCAGCCAACACGGGGCCCAACGCCUGUACCAAAGCCUGAAGUCGGACUGACCGACCAACUCAUGGACUGACUCAACCUCGGUGGAAAAGCUUUAAAACCUUCUGAGAAACAAAGAAAACUUAAAGACCUUGCAGCAACGUUUUGCCCUUAAACCUGUACUAUAUUGAUAUUUAUAGUAUCCAAAGAUGAAAAACAAACCAAAGACUUCUUGUUUGACCUGCUUUACAAUGUUUGUUUCAGCAACACAUUUUUGUGUAACAUACUGCAAAAAGACUUCACUCCCUUUCACACUCAUACAUACACACACACACACACACACACACACACACACACAUACACACACACACAGGUCUUUAGCUUUACGACACCUCCUCACCUCCCUACUGUGUAUCAGUUUAUCAUUUGCCAUCCUUAUCUCUAAUCUGAUUGGUUGGUUUUAAUGAUGGGUCCCUAAGUGGAGGUUUAAUCAGCCUAUUGGCAGUCUGGUCUGCAGCUGUCCACAGCCUGAAAAAAAAAAAUGUUAAAAAAGAAAGAAAAUAGGGAUGAAUGGGAGUUCCAGCGGGAUUGGCCAAUCAACUCUAAGGGAAAAAAAAUCAUCCUGCAGGAGCGACUGGAUUGUUCUGCAACUUUGUUUGGACCAGUGGCUUUGACUGUCUGACUCCCUGUAUGUCUGUUUUUCUGUUGGUCUGUCAUUCUAUCAAGCAUUCCAGACAGACGGGGACAGGAAAUGUCCAUUGGUAGACUGCUAACCCAAACCCAAACAGCCUAGACCAAAUCAAAAUGGAGAAAACCCAGAGCUCAGACCAUGUAGUGGUGCUUUCAUCCAACAUAGUGAAGCAUUGACUUAUGAAAAUAAGAGAAACCUAUGCCCUCUUCAGUCUCAAGCUUCUUCUGUGGUGCAGAAAUAGUUAACAAAAAUCUUUACUUACCAACAGAAAUCAGCAACACCAAUAACCGACCCAUGCCUAAUUAUAAUAUGCUUAAAUUUUUUCCUGCGUUACUCCCUGAAAAAACCUGUCAUUCCUGUACCCCAAGCAUAAGAGUGUGAAUGCUUAUUAUUGACAAAAUUUCCCAAUUACAGAAAUAUGACCAAAACCUGAAUACUGCUGCCUUGUUGCUAUCCCAUUUUCAACUUCUCACUUAGUCAAAGCAUUCAAGUGUGCAACAUUGUGAGAUGAAUCUGUGGCUGUACAUGUUCAGCGCUACUUUAUCUCUUUAACUGUGUUUUCUGUGCCGACGUGAAAGCACAAACUGCUGGCUCUGUGUGUGACAGAUAGCCUCUGAUAGUUUUUUUAAGGACAAAUUAUGUCACCACUUUGAUAAUCAGGACUGAGUGUCACUCCAUCAUCCCCUCCUGCUUAACGUGGAUUUGAUUUUAUCUCCUCAUCAAAGAUGUACGGCAGAGGAGAUGAUAUCAAUAAUCGAAUCACUUUCAGGCACUUACACAGCAAUGUCAACUCUUCACCUGAAUACAAAGCAUACCCCCGGCUCUUUACGGAAGUUUGCUGCCAAGUUCCCCCUCCCUCUCCCUCCCUCCUCCUGGGAAGUUAUGCAUUUCAGCACUCAGACGAAAGCACCACAUGGGCCUGGCUCUGGGUGGCGCAGCAUUAAAUGUAUUAAGCUGCGCCCCUCCUCUUGACUGGGGUUAGCAGAUCUACAUUCAUCACAACAAAGCUUUGAAGGAGAGGCCAGCAGAAGCUGCUUCUUCUUCUUCUCUGAGAGAAAAACCAAAAAUAUGACAAGAGACAAAAAAAUGUUUCAAGACCUGGUGAUGUUUUUUUUUUCUUAGUGUGAACCAAAGAUGCUACCUCACUCAAGUUCCAUAUGUGAUUUCUAUCACUUUUGAUGAUACCAAAGAUAACCAAAGAUUUUUUCUAAUUGCACGGCCUCUGUGAGUGGUGUUCAAAGAAGUGUGAUGUAUGUGUCCUGCCCCCCUUUUAUUUCCCCCUGCGUCUUCGCACCUGUCCUGUCCUUCUCCCUGUUCCAGACCCUCCAACCUGCAAUCAGCCCUUGCAUCCUCUUUUUACACGUGCUUUUGCUUAAUUUGUGCUCUUAUUACAGCUCUAUAGAUAGCCCUGCUGAUGGAAGUAAAGGCAGACAUGCUGAUCCAGGCCGUUGAUGCACACAACUGUCCCUGCAGCUGCCUGCAGAGUAGACUUGUAGUAACAUGAUCUUUGUUAGAGAAGUAAUGCAUUUAUGCCUACUGCUUUUUUUGACAUAAAGGCCAGUUAAACUGUAAAAGAAAUGCAUUAAGUUAAAUUUGUAGCUUGAUUUAUCACUUUUUUUUUAGUAACAUGUGGAUUUAACUACAUUGUUGUGAACAUUUAUUUACCCCCUUCCUGUUUUCUUCUGUUUUUGCUUUUUUGUCACUCUUAAAUGUUUCAGAUCAUCAAACAAAUUUACAAUCAAAGGUAAUUAAAUAUCAAACAAAGAUAACGUGAAUAAAUACAAAUGCAGUUUUCAAAUUAGGAUUAAUUAGGGGAAAAGCUAUCCAAACCUACCUGGCCCUGUGUGGAAAAUAAUUGCUCAUUAAACCUUAUAGCUGGUUAUCCUAAGAAGUUAAAUAGAAGAAAAAUUGACAUUUUCUCAUUUCCUUUUUUUAAGCACUGGAUUGUCAUGUACUGGAUGUCUGAGAAGCUACACCAGCCUAAUAGCUUGUUGUGCCACCCUUGGCAACAACAACUGCUAUCAAGCAUUAGUGAUAGCUUGCGAAGAGUCUUUUAUAUCGCUAUGGAGGAAUUUUGAACCUCUCCUUUUUGCUGAAUUAUCCUAAUUCAGCAAUGGGAUUUAAGUCCAGACUUCAAAAAUCUUCAUUUGUUUUGUUUUAGUACAAAAGAACGCUAUUGGUACUAUGUUCUCUUGUGUAAUGUUGUGUUAGUUUUGUACCAAAUUUUAGAGGACACACACCUCCCCAAAGGUUUCACUGUUGUCUUCUCAGUCCACAGAAUGUCUACCCAAAAGUCUCAGAGUUCACCAAGAUGUUUUUAUCUGAAACGUGAGGGGGCGUCUGUGCUCUUUUUUUUUUGUUUCUUAUCGUUUGUUGAAUGUCGUCAGAUCAGGACAUGAUGAGUUGCUCUUUGAGAUCUUUUAGCCAUACCACAUUUUGAGUCUUUUUUUACAUGAUUUCUGGAUUUUACAGGUAUAUUUUUGCAUAAGCCUGGAUGGUUUGGAUAUCUAUUUUUCAUUAAUAAAGCAUUUUAUAUUUACGUAGCUUAUAUUUGUUUGAUGUAAAAAUGUUUUUAAUUAUCUAAAACAUUUCAGUGUGACCGAAAAGCAAUAAGAGCGGUGAGGUGAAUAGUUUUUCACAUUACUGUUGGUUAUUUUCUUUCUACUGGCCCUGCCUUUUAUGGUUGCAUAACAAACAAAUAAAUCAAACAUCUUCACAUGACAACACGCAGACAGCCUGACAUAGACAUGUGCAGAAUUAUUGAUUCAACUAUAGGCAAAUAUGUUCCUGAAAGUAGAAGCAGAUGUGUUGCAAUCUUUCUAAAACAAAAAAAAAAAAAAACUCCCAGGACGAGUGCCUUGCUUGAACCAAAGUGUUAAACCGCUGUUGACCUCUCACUUUUGACUCUGUGAAUACCUCAGCCUGUAGAAGGGCCACAACUGAAGAGACAAGGAGUUUUUUUUUCUUUCUUCCUUUUAUUUGACGUUCUUUGAAUCACACCGUGGUGCUUUUGCCAGCGCAACCAUGCAAUGAAAACAUACCAAAGGACUUUCUGUUGUCCACUUCUACAGAUCAAACCAAAGGUCUUUGUUUCUCGCCCCCCCCCCCCCCCCCCCCCCCCCCCCCCCCCCUCCCUCCAUCCCUCCGUCUCUCUCUGCUGUGUGUAGGAAGGUCCAGCACUCUGGCCGUGCAUGUCUUUUACCAGUGUCUCUGAAUACCUCAUAGUAAUAAUUCCUUUGAGUUCUGCAUUGAGACGUCUUAUCUGUGAGUAAGGUAGAACUCCACCUGUCUGGUGUUUGAUGUUGUUACGUCAAAAAUCUGUAUGAUUAUCUAUUUUCGAGCUGUUAUUAGCUGGUUUUCUUAUUUUAUUUUUAAUUAACAGAGCAGAAGUGCUCUGUUUCAAAAUACGGAGGACAAAGUUUCAGGGUUGAUGCGAAACUUAAGGGAUGGAAGAUGGAGAAGAGUAUUUUUUAUCAGACAUUGGGGUUUAUGCCAAUAUUAUGAUGUAGAUGAUUACUUUUACAGGGUAAAACCAACUGCUGUGAUGUUGUGUUCCUACUUUCUCUUCUACCUACUACUGUGUUGUGAUUUUAAUUUAAUUGCAUUUUUGUAUGGGUUCUUUAAUUUAUGGAUUUGUAGAAGCUCUAGAUUUGUACAUAGUAGGGUUGUUUUGGGAGGGGAAAAAAUGAAACAAAAAAGACAUUUUAUGUUUUAUGUUACAGCCUUAUUUCCAAUGUUUAGAUCUAACAGAGGAGUAGUUUUUGUUGGAUUUUUUUAAACUACUUCCUAGUCAACAUUUCAAUGUGUGUUUUGAACACUGCCAAAAAUCCAGAUGGUCCUUUUGCCGGUGCCGACAAAGUCAAAUAGAGCCUACUUUGUUGGAUGGCUGGCAAAUAAGCAGUGUGUGUGUGUGUGUGUGUGGAUUUUAAGUUUCCUUUGAAUGUUUUGAGAGAAAAAAAAACCAGUUACUUUAUGGGUAAUACUGCACAUCCAAAGAUUUUUAAAACGAACCAAAAAUUGGAGAAAAAAUAUGUAUAAUGGAAAAAAAUAGAAAAAGCACUGGCAUUUCUGAGGUAGAUUUGUUGAGUUUUUCUCUGCCAUUCUCACGGGUAUAGAAUGUAGAAGGCGUAGGGCUAUGUAGGCAAGCUUACUCUACCGUGUGGGAAAUCUCCUGUUAAAUGUACAAUCUGAAAACAUUUUUGAAACCAGGGCUGCAAGCCCUGCUCACUUUGCUGUCUUGUGCACGGAGUGAGGUGGAGCGUGGGCUGGGGCAGCCGGUCUGCCAGGGGCUGUGCCACGGAGCUGGGUCUGUUUUUAUUUGCCGUGGCUCACCGCCAUGCUCCACCAAGUAUCGUGCUCGUGAGCAAAGUCUAAUAAAACGGUAAAGAACCUUACCAAAGCAAUUUCUGUGUGAGUGUGUAUGAAGGCUGACACUUAGAUUGACUGGGCAACUGAGAUUUCAGAUACUGCAGAGGUGUGCAAGCUUGGAUGCAUGCAUCUCUUGGUGGGAUGUUUUUUUCUGUCUAUCUUGUGUGUUUGCACUGCAUAUAGUCAGACUGUUUCUGAAGUGCUUGCAUAUGUGUGGCUGAUCACUGCGGCUCAGACCAGAGGAUUCACUAUUAGUGAUGUUUCCUCGCCUCAUCCUCAGACAACGCAGAAUCUAAAAGCACUGAAUGUAGGAAGAGGUGAAAUCAGAAUGUUUUGGAGCCAUUACAUCACAGGAUGGGAAUUAUUGCAUCAGCAAAGUACAAGCAGUGAGGUUUUACUCAAAAAGGAGUGUAUUUAUAUUGAAACCGUUUGAUGCAAUGUUUACCUAUUCUUUUCUUACUUUAUAUCUUAUUAGUUUUGUCCCAAUGGAGCUCCCAUAUGAUGGAUAGCUUGACUACAAGUCUCAUAACAAUACUGCAGCGCCUAAGACAAUCAUCUGGAUCUUUUUACGCUGGUGAACUAGUUUCUCACCCACGGAGGGGUGUCCUCGAGCUAUUCAUAAUCAAAGAUGCUUGAAGUGUUUUGAUAAACAAUCUAUUUGUUCUUGCAUCCAUAUAGGAUCAGAUUACAGUCACAGUCCAUUUCUGCACUUGCAUUUCAAAAUGAAAUCCUAAUCGAUCUGCUCGACCUUGUUCUCCUUUUUUAUUUUGCCCUCCCCCCCCAUACACAGCGUUUUUUUUUUUUUUUUCCGUCUCUGAGUGUGUGUGAGUGUGAGUGUGCACGUGUGCCAGAGAGGCAAUACUGUCAGUGUUACUCUCACAUGUAUAACUCCGUGUCCCAUGACUUGAUUUGUCAUUGCCGUUUCCCCGAGCUUUGCUACUGCUUUCUCAGUGCCGUGCAAUAUCAUCUGUUGUGAUUGCUAAGCAAAAUAAUUUUGAAAAAAAAGAAGAAAGAAAAUCGACAAGCAAGUGAUGAUGUCAUCCAGCUUUUUCAGUGUUCAGAUGUUUCAACAUUUCUGUAGUCACAAAAGGUAGAAAAUAAACUGUUGGUAUUUCCAA